CUUCGUAAAACCCUGGCUUUCCCAUUCUAUUCAAUUUCACUGAGUAUUUUCAUCAAACACCAUGAGCUCCCUACCAAACCCCAACCUUCUUCAAUCCCUAAUGACCAACCUUCAUCUUCAAGCUGGAGACACCAAUCCUGACUUCGAUCCUUCCUUCGAGAGAUUCCUUCUCGGUGAGGAUGAUUCCGACGACGAAAUCCGUCCCUACCAAGACGGAAAACAAGCAAUCUACUUAGAAGAAACUAGGUUGGAAGCUGAAAUCAUCAGAAGAAUCCUAACUGGUAGAGCUGAUACUAUGAAACCGAAUUCAGGCGAAGCGAUUCCGAUUCGCGAAAACAGUGUUUGUGUUGGGUGUCAUGAAGAUGAGGAUGGUGAGUAUCUUGUCUGGGAAUGGCAUGGUCAUAUUAUGUGUUACACCGAUGAACGUGGAUUUGCACCUGAGUAUGUUUAUGGGAAUUACUUUCAGAAGUUGGCCACAAUUGAGCGUGUCGGUGAACCAACUAAGAGCGAGAAUGUUGCAGAGACUACUGGGAAUCAGGGUUUGAGGGAUUUGAUUGGCGAUACUCUCAGCACCACCCCUGCUAGGAUUCUUCAUCGCAAUGUCAACGCUGGUUCUUCCAGGUUCUAAGAAUUUCGUGAUUGAAUUUUCAAGUUCAAAGGGUUGGAAGCAGAGGUGUCAUAGCCAACAUCUCAUUCCCUUGGUGAAGCAAAGAUAGUUUUCCGCUUUUCAUAGUGCAAAUCUCAAAAUUAAGCUUGCAUCUGUAUGUCUUUUGAGCUUUAAAAUCAUACUUGUAAAGGAUGCGUGACAUUUUUUUUUGGAUACAACCAGACUUGGUUUUUUAAUAAUUCAUUAUCUUUGCUGGGUGAAUUAAUAAUUCAUCAUUUUUA